AAACCUCAAAAGCCACGGAAACAAUUCAUCCCAUUCAAGAAGGAAGACACGAUCUUGGUUGUCGGCGAUGGCAACCUCUCCUUCUCCGCCUCCGUCGCCGAACACCACUUGGAAUUCGCUACCCAACUAACAGCAACAACCCACGACUCCCUCACCCUCCUCACCCAAAAAUACCCCGACGCACCCAUCCACAUCCAAACCCUCAAAGACCUAGGCUCAAUCGUCCUCCACGAACUCGACGCGACAAAGUUGGAUAAGAACAAGACCCUGAAAGGGUUGGGAAAGAAAUAUGAUUGUAUCGUGUUCAAUUUCCCGCAUGUUGGGGCGGGGAUUAAGGAUCAGGAUCGGAAUGUUGCGGUUAACCAGAAACUCUUGCUCGGGUUUUUCGAGUCGGCACAACCAAUCCUCAGCCGCACCGGGACAAUCGUCGUCUCCCUCGCCGACUCUUCUCCUUACACACUCUGGCGCAUCCGCGAUCUCGCGAAAGAACAGGGCCUCCGCGUCCGGCAAUCAGGAGAUUUCGUGGGUGAAGCCUUCCCGGGAUACGGUCAUCGACGAACAAUCGGAUGGCAGGAUGGGGUCAGCGAAAAGGGAUGGAAGGGUGAGGAAAGGAGAGCGAGGAUCUGGGUUUUC